CUCACGCACAUAACGAGAUCUCUCCAUUCUCUCAGUAUGUAGUUGCUUGUCAGUGACAGGAGUUCAGUCCUAUUAAGCAAUUGAACGUCGAUCUUGUCAAAGAUUACUGAGAGCUGCUAAUCAACAGACUAGAAUAAUAAAGAAAGAUGGCAGCAGCUGUUGGACUGUUGCUGCUGUUACUUGGAGUCUCUCAGGGUUUGCCAGCUCACUGUGAUGCCAGAAAUGAUUCAGUUCAAUGUAAUGGGACUUUGGGAGAAACUGUGUUUCUACGGCUGACUGACAACGCUUCAGGAAUUAGAAUUGAGUUGAGAAAGGAAAAUGUAAUAUUACUAAUAUGGAGGAUAAAUGUAACAGUUAGAAAUGAAAUAAAAGACAGAUCUCAUUUUAUACCCAAUAAUGGAACAUUCAGGAUAAACGACCUGAAACACAGCGAUAGUGGUGAAUAUAAACUUGGGGUCUUUGAUUUAAAUGGGAAGUGGACAGAAAAUCGGACUCUUCAUUUGUCUGUUCAAGGCAGUUCCUCAUUGACAAUUGGACUUAUCACUUCAAGUAUUUGCAUUGUUUUACUUUUCUUCAUCAGUUUAAUUGUCAUCUAUGCGUGGAGGAAAAAGCAAAAACGCAAAGAAACAGAAGAUUCUACCGAUUUAACCUAUGCUGUUGUCACAACAGUGCAGAAUCCAGUGAGGAGGUCGGUUAAGCAAAAAGUGGAAGAGGAGGUGGAGUACGGCCAGAUCAAGUCCGCAGGCUGAUUUCAGCUCUUUAAAACCGACAUCACGAACUGAAUGUCAGUUCAAAUAAUGUACAAUGUUCUGAGGACAGACGGGUGAAGAAGUUGGAAUCUCCUUUUAUUGUGAUUUUACAUUAGAAAAACUUACAAACCAUUAAAGUUAAAAAUCCUGAAUGUCUGCUGUUGCCACAAAUGUAUUUGAUCAUGGUGAAGUUUAAUUUGUUGAUGCUCUGCACUGAUGUCACCUAAAAUACUAGAAACAAGACAAAUUCAGAGUAGUUUUGCUAAUUGGGGAAAUUGUGUAGGUUUGGGUUUGAUUAGGUUUCUUUUGCACAAAAUGAUCAAAAAUAUUUUUGGACAGUCAAAAUGAGUAUGCUAUAGAGUAUUGUAAAGAAAUAUAUACUACGUUACUGAGAUAUUGUACUGUAAACAGUUUAUUGUCUUUUUAUUGCUCAAUAUAUUCACUUUUUGAACUAAAAAGAAAUGUCCCUACUCAGUUGCACAUCCCUUUGAACAUAAGUUUAACAUGUUUCGUUUCUAUUUCCAAUAAUUUUAUUUUAAAAUCUUGAACAGUGUGUUAUAGCCAUCAUGGUUUUCUGUGAACCUACAUAUGAUACUGGUAUUGGACUUGAAUUUCCCUACUGUGGGAAAAUAAAUGCUAUAUUUAUGACAUUCUUCUACUCUUUUUCAAAUGUUCUCCCUGUACUUGUGUAAGUGUUAUUUAACAACAAAGAAUAAAG